GGCUCCCGCCGCGAGGACCGGCGCGCCGCCCGAGCUCCAGCAUCCCCGAGCAGGCGACCCCGGCGCCAAGAUGCUGCCAGUGUACCCGGAGGUGAAGCCCAACCCGCUGCAGGACGCCAACCUCUGCUCGCGCCUGCUGUUCUGGUGGUUGAACCCCUUGUUUAAAAUUGGUCACAAACGGAGGUUAGAAGAAGAUGAUAUGUAUUCCGUGCUUCCAGAAGACCGCUCCAAGCACCUGGGAGAAGAGUUGCAAGGGUACUGGGAUAAAGAAGUUCAGAAAGCCGAGAAGUCGGACGCACGGAAACCUUCUUUAACGAAAGCAAUCAUAAAGUGUUACUGGAAAUCCUAUUUAGUUUUGGGAAUUUUUACGCUAAUUGAGGAAGGGACCAGAGUAAUCCAGCCCAUAUUUUUGGGGAAAAUUAUUAAGUAUUUUGAAAACCAGGACCCUAAUGAUUCUGUGGCUCUGCACGAAGCCUACGGCUAUGCCACGGUGCUGACCGCCUGCACACUCUUUCUCGCAAUACUGCACCACUUAUACUUUUAUCAUGUUCAGUGUGCUGGCAUGAGGUUAAGAGUUGCCAUGUGCCAUAUGAUUUAUCGGAAGGCACUUCGCCUUAGUAACAUGGCCAUGGGGAAGACCACUACCGGCCAGAUCGUCAACCUGCUGUCCAAUGAUGUGAACAAGUUUGACCAGGUGACAGUAUUCUUGCACUUUCUGUGGGCAGGACCACUGCAAGCUAUUGCAGUGACUGCUUUGCUCUGGAUGGAAAUCGGAAUAUCCUGUCUUGCCGGGAUGGUAGUUCUAAUUAUUCUUCUACCCUUGCAAAGCUGCAUUGGGAAGUUGUUUUCAUCACUCCGGAGUAAGACUGCAACUUUCACAGAUGUCAGGAUCAGAACCAUGAAUGAAGUUAUAACUGGCAUAAGAAUAAUAAAAAUGUAUGCCUGGGAAAAGUCCUUUGCGGAUCUUAUCACCAAUUUGCGAAGGAAGGAAAUUUCCAAGAUUCUGAGAAGCUCCUACCUCAGAGGAAUGAAUUUGGCAUCAUUUUUCGUUGCAAACAAAAUCAUCAUUUUUGUGACUUUCACCACCUACGUGCUUCUUGGCAACGUGAUCACAGCCAGCCGUGUGUUUGUGGCAGUGUCGUUGUAUGGGGCUGUACGGUUGACCGUCACCCUCUUCUUCCCCUCGGCCAUUGAGAGGGUGUCCGAAUCAGUCGUCAGCAUCCAAAGAAUCAAGAACUUUCUGUUACUUGAUGAGAUAUCCCAGCGCACCCCUCAGCUGCCAUCAGAUGGGAAAAUGAUAGUGCAUAUACAGGACUUCACCGCCUUUUGGGACAAGGCAUCAGAAACCCCAACCCUAGAAGGCCUUUCCUUUACUGUGAGACCUGGGGAAUUGUUAGCUGUGAUUGGACCUGUGGGAGCAGGAAAGUCCUCGCUGCUAAGUGCUGUCCUGGGGGAACUGCCCCGGAACCAGGGGCUGGUCAGCGUGCACGGAAGGAUUGCCUAUGUUUCGCAGCAGCCCUGGGUGUUUCCAGGAACUGUGAGGAGUAAUAUUUUAUUUGGGAAGAAAUACGAAAAGGAACGCUAUGAAAAAGUAAUAAAAGCUUGUGCGCUGAGAAAGGAUUUGCAGUGUUUGGAGGAUGGAGAUUUAACCGUGAUAGGUGAUCGGGGAGCGACACUGAGUGGAGGGCAAAAGGCCCGGAUCAACCUCGCAAGAGCAGUGUAUCAGGAUGCAGACAUCUACCUCCUGGAUGAUCCUCUCAGCGCAGUAGAUGCGGAAGUUGGCAGGCAUUUGUUUGAACUGUGUAUUUGCCAGACCUUGCAUGAGAAGAUCACAAUCUUAGUGACUCACCAGUUGCAGUACCUAAAAGCUGCAAGUCAGAUUCUGAUAUUGAAAGAAGGCAAAAUGGUGCAAAAGGGCACCUACACAGAGUUUCUGAAAUCCGGGGUAGAUUUCGGCUCUCUUUUGAAGAAGGAAAAUGAGGAGGCUGACCAGAGUCCAGCUCCAGGAUCUCCCAUCCUGAGGACUCGGAGCUUCUCAGAGUCUUCUCUUUGGUCCCAGCAAUCUUCAAGACACUCGCUGAAAGAUAGCGCUCCUGAGGCACAAGAUAUUGAGAAUACACAGGUUGCUUUGUCAGAGGAGAGGCGUUCAGAAGGAAAAGUUGGUUUUAAGGCCUAUAGGAAUUACUUAACAGCCGGUGCUCACUGGUUUGUCAUCGUUUUCCUUAUUCUACUAAACAUCGCAUCUCAGGUUGCCUAUGUUCUUCAGGACUGGUGGCUGUCCUAUUGGGCAAAUGAACAAAGUGCCCUGAAUGUCACGGUAGAUGGAAAAGAAAAUGUCACUGAGAAGCUCGAUCUUCCCUGGUACUUAGGAAUUUAUUCAGGUUUAACGGUGGCUACUGUCCUUUUUGGCAUCGCGAGAUCUCUGUUGGUGUUCUAUGUCCUUGUUAAUUCUUCACAAACUUUGCACAACAAAAUGUUUGAGUCCAUUUUGAGAGCUCCAGUGUUGUUCUUUGAUACAAACCCAAUAGGAAGAAUUUUAAAUCGUUUCUCCAAAGACAUUGGGCACAUGGAUGACUUGCUACCCCUGACGUUUCUAGAUUUCCUCCAGACAUUUCUGCAAGUUCUUGGUGUUGUUGGUGUGGCAGUGGCGGUGAUUCCUUGGAUCGCAAUACCUCUGCUUCCCCUUGCCAUCAUUUUCUUCGUUCUUCGGCGAUAUUUCUUAGCAACGUCGAGGGAUGUCAAACGCUUGGAGUCUACAAGCCGGAGUCCGGUAUUCUCCCAUUUAUCGUCCUCUCUCCAGGGACUUUGGACCAUUCGGGCAUAUAAAGCAGAAGAAAGGUUUCAGGAACUGUUCGAUGCACACCAGGAUUUGCAUUCAGAGGCAUGGUUCUUGUUUCUGACUACGUCCCGAUGGUUCGCUGUGCGUCUGGAUGCCAUCUGUGCCAUGUUUGUCAUUGUUGUUGCCUUUGGGUCUCUGAUUCUGGCAAAAACUGUGGAUGCCGGGCAGGUUGGCCUGGCACUGUCCUACGCCCUCACGCUCAUGGGGAUGUUCCAGUGGUCCGUCAGGCAAAGUGCCGAAGUGGAGAAUAUGAUGAUUUCAGUGGAACGAGUGAUGGAAUAUACAGACCUUGAGAAAGAAGCCCCCUGGGAAUACCAGAAACGACCUCCACCCACCUGGCCCCAGGAAGGCACGAUUGUCUUUGAUAAUGUGAACUUCACAUAUAGUUUAGAUGGACCUCUGGUAUUGAAGCACCUGACCGCACUCAUUAAAUCAAGGGAAAAGGUUGGCAUCGUGGGAAGAACAGGGGCUGGAAAGAGUUCCCUCAUCGCGGCCCUUUUUAGAUUGUCAGAACCAGAAGGUAAAAUUUGGAUUGACAGGAUCUUGACAACAGAAAUUGGACUUCAUGAUUUAAGGAAGAAAAUGUCCAUCAUACCCCAGGAACCUGUUUUAUUCACUGGAACAAUGAGGAAAAAUCUGGAUCCCUUUAAUGAGCAUACGGAUGAGGAACUGUGGAAUGCCUUAACAGAGGUACAGCUUAAAGAUGCUGUUGAAGAUCUUCCUGGCAAAUUGGACACUGAAUUAGCAGAAUCAGGAUCGAACUUUAGUGUUGGACAGAGACAGUUGGUGUGUCUUGCCAGGGCUAUCCUCAGGAAAAAUCGGAUAUUGAUCAUUGACGAAGCGACAGCAAAUGUGGAUCCCAGAACUGAUGAGUUAAUACAAAAAAAAAUCCGUGAGAAAUUUGCCCACUGCACUGUGCUAACCAUUGCACACAGGUUGAACACCAUUAUUGACAGCGACAAGAUAAUGGUUUUGGAUUCAGGACGACUGAAAGAAUAUGAUGAACCAUAUGUUUUGCUGCAGAAUGAAGAGAGCCUGUUUCACAAGAUGGUGCAGCAACUGGGCAAGGCAGCAGCGGCGGCCCUCACUGAAACAGCAAAACAGGUGUACUUCAAAAGGAAUUAUCCAGAUAUUACUCAGAAUGGCCACGUGGUUAUGAAUGCUUCCAAUGGACAGCCCUCAGCAUUUACUAUUUUCGAGACAGCACUGUGAUUCUACUACAACAUUCAGUCUAUUCCAAAGGCAUUUUUAAAAUCAUUUUUGCACUGUGUAAACUACAUCGUACUUUUUUUACACUAGCAGAUGAUAUUUUACACAUUCAAGAUGUUUAUUUGGAUUUUUUCCUCCAACUUCACUCAAUUAUUUCAAGCUCUAGCAGAAUGAUGUGCUAUUUUUUUAUUUAUAUGUAAUAGUUUCUUGUUAUUUUUUUCCUUAUCCAAUCACAGGUGCAGGACACCAGUAAAAGCUGUUCAUCAGGUUUGGUGCCUUAAAGAGACUUCAGAGCCAAAACCCAUUUUGUAAGGUAUAAGAUAAAGUUGUCACAGACUUUUUUUUUUUUUUUACACACCACCCUCCCAAAUUGCAUAUUACUUUCCAGUGAUAUCAGGGAUCCUGUUGACUUGAAGACUGUGUGAAAUUUGCCAUUUUUUCUGGCCACUUUCUUUAACGUAACAACUAGGAUCCAUUAUUUCUCCCCAAAGGCCUCUGGUUGAGAUAGUACAGAUGAAGCUAAUAGGAAAAACCACAAAGACACUUUAAGUGACAUUUUCAUGACCAAAAAAGCCAUAUUCUUAAAAUAGGGAAGGUUGGUAUUUAAUUGCAUGGUCUGAAGGACAAGGAAGAGAAAAUAAUACUUUCUCAAAACUGGAGCCCAUGCUGGUGAUUGGAUAAUGAAGGCCACAUGUGUGACCUUUCUGAUUUGUGUGACCCUGCCCUGGAGACCAUUGCAGUCUGAAGCUCAGCAUGGUGACAUUUUGAGAAAAGACCCAACUGCUAGCUGUCAUUCUGGACUAUCAGGCAGUAGUCUUAUUUGGAUUUCUGGUUUACUGACAACUGAAUAUAAGCCAUUUGGUUUAGCCUUUAACGAAAUCCCUUUUACCCUGCCUGUAUAGGGCCUCCUGACUUGGUGAGAAAAACCAAACAUUGUCGCCAACAGCUGUAAUUGUGCAGUGUGUUCUCAGGGCGCAUCCAGGAGGCCCCCUGUUAUGAGCCUGCCCAGGUUCUUUUACUUCUGACCACUAAUAGCACUUUGGUCUUUCCGAUUAGUCAGUCAGCAAACCACUGUCCUUCCAAGGCCUGCUGCACUUUAUUUGAACCAUGGGUCUUUGACUUUCCUAAUGGUGUCUAUGGUAUAGUUCAAAUUGCUGAAGGUGUUAUGUGGACUCUCAUGACCUCCAGAAUAAAGGUGUAACCACCCUCAAGUUGCAUAUAUUAAGCUGUAUGCCCUCAUACAGCAGAUUUUUGGACUCCUCAGAGAGAAACAGAUGUUUUAUAGCAUCAAGCCUUAAAAAGCACACACAGCAACUACACAAGAUAUAUUGAGUGCAGUAGCUGUUUGAUUCCUCAUACUUAGAAAUAAUAUGGUGAAUGUUUAGUUCAGUAAGCCUGUACCUUGUUCAGUAGUCAUGGAUAGUAUUUCAGGAAACUGAAAUGACAAUGAUAAUGAGGUUUGUUAAAACAUUAGAAAUACUGGAAGCAUGUACGUGUUUAUUUGGUUUAUAGAGGUUAAAGGCAGUUUAAAAAAAUGCAUGUUUCUGUAUUAUUUGUUUUAAUGUCAUAGCAUUUUUUUAAUGAAACAAUUUAUUUGAAUAAAUGACCGUUUUCA